AUGACUUGUUAUCCCCAGGAUUUCACCAAAGUGCCAAUGACAGAAAUGGGAAUGCGUCCUCAACCGUCAACAGGCAAUCCCGGUCCCGCCUGCAGAUUCUAUGAAGGUGAAAAGGUUUUCGAACUCGGGUAUGGUCUCAGCUACACAGACUAUUCUUAUGAGUUUGCCUCUGUUGCACAAAACCAGCUGAAUGUAAAAGAUUUAUGUAACCAAAUGUCUGAGAACUCAGACACUCCCGGAUACAAGCUAGUUUCAGACAUUGGUGAAGAACAAUAUGAAGAUAUUACGUUUACAGUCACCGCCAGCGUUAAAAACGAGGGACAAAUGGCAGGUAAGCAUCUGGUAUUGCAUUUUGCGAGGCACGCAAAGCCUGGAAAAGGAAGGCUAAUCGAAGAGUUGGUUGGAUUCCAAACCGUGAAAUUAGGUGCAGGAUAG